AUGACAAAUCCGAAUAAUUCCGAAUACCUGAUAUCUUCUUCUCACUUGGAACUAGCAGAUGCGCGGCUAAAAAAGUCGGAAAGGCUCAAGGACGUCGGCGAACCGGUGCAGCUUCCAGGAAAGGCUUUGGCAAUUGAGGUGCUGGGGAAUAGCGCCUGGAUCGCGGAGAAUACGACAGUUGCUCGGAGUAUCGAUCUUGUUUCAGGAAAGACUACGAAGCUUUAUCGAGGACAUCGAGGACCUGUGUCAACAUUAACUCUUUGGCAUUCGGGCUCGAGACAGAUUCUUAUCACAGGCUCUUGGGACAACACCAUCAAGCUAUGGGAUGCAAAUGCAUGUUUUCCGGAUCGUACCAAAGAGCUCAUAUCUUCCACUGACGCCCAUUCGGACUUUGUCAAAAGUUUGUUUGUUAUACCAUCUGUGAACUUGUUGAUUUCUGGGAGUUCAGACAAGCUUAUAAGGUUCUGGAAUCUAUCUCUCGAACAACAACCUUUACAAAGCGCAGGGUCCCUGUCCUCCCACACGCGUCCUGUCGAAUGCCUAGAUGGUAGAGCUUUACCUAAUGGCAACGUGGAACUUUGUACUGGAGAUACGAUGGGUAUCAUACGAUUGUGGACUUUAACUAAUGAUGACCGACGUUGGACCAGCACUCUCAAGGCGGAAUUCAAUCAUCAUCGUACCAAGAUCACCGAACUUUACCUCAGUUCAGAGCAAUUAUGGACUGCUUCAAGUGACGAAACAGUACAGGUUCGCUACUUGUCCGAAGCAGAAAAAAGACCAACUCCUCCCCCGAUCCAUCACUCUACUGCUGUUCGAUGUGUCUUGCCUCUCCAUCUAACCGAUUUGCAGGAGCCAUAUAUCAUCACUGGCUCUGGCGACUUCAUGAGAGUAUAUGAUGUCUCGUCUGCCAAUGAACCAGAACUCUUGAAUGAAAUUGACGCUCACUGGCGCGAUAUUACCCAUAUACGACUUUGGAUGCGCCAGUCCGUAGAUGAAAAGAACAAUCAAAAGAGGAUAGAGCCGUGGAUUAUCACUACCAGCCUGGAUUGCACUGUACGAAGAUGGAGACUGAGCGAAUUGCUCGUACCGAAACCCAAAAUAACUGAACCUCCGGUCUCAGUCAUUCCUCCCCAAGCACAAGCUGGGUUCGCUAUGACUCUCGAGGAAGAGCAAGAACUCGAUGAGUUGCUUAACUCAGAUUGA